UUGAGAUGAGUGAGAGAACGAGAGUUUCACUGCCGCCAUAAAUCAUGGACGACAUUAAUAUAUAUUUAUGCGUGUGUUCAGACGUAUAUCUAUUUGCGCACAUUUAUCAUAUCGCCUCAUUAGAUAAAUUGCGAACACGAACAAAAAACAAAGCCCUGGCUCGACACUGGUUUUGUCACCUUAUCAGCUAAUGAUUACAAAGCAAAUAUGUGUGUUUUUGGUUUUUGGUUUUUGGCCUGGUGUCUGACCCAUGCCCGGAUGUCCUAUCAAUUCGGUGGCCAGUAGUUCAUGUUAGUCGGGUUCGUCAGUUUGUCAGAGAACGGUGGUCUCCGAAGGAAAGUGGAAUCUAAAUUCGAUCAAUCCCGAAAGCACAUUAAUUAGUGCGGUAUAGUAGUUAACUUAACCAUGGCCCCUGCCAUAAGCACCUCGGUCACCAUGGCCACCACUCUAUUGAGUACAACUACUGAGGUGCUAAACAGUACACUCACCACCGAAGGAACGACUUCGACUUCCAAAUACCCGACUUACAUAACAGUCGGUCCGCAAGUCGACCCGUAUAUCAACAAUGGUCCAUACAUGUUCUUUUACCCCAGCUAUGUUGUUUACGUUGUUUUGGUCUUCUUUUUCGUCAUAUCCUUUCCUCUGGCUAUGAUUGUGAGCGCCAAACGUAAACAGAAUACAACGACCAGGAAUCUCGCCCAGCAGAGACAACGAGCCCGUCGCCAAAUGGAGAUUAAUGUGACGAACAACUGCAACGACAGCUCCCGCGGAGCCACCAACGUUUGCGUAAACACCCAAGACGAGAUCAGUGUGCUGCCCAAGACCUUGGAUCUGCCGCCCAGCUACGAUGAGGCAGCUUUCAGCGAUCGAAAGCAGGACAGCACCCUAACCAUAGCCACCAGUUUGGAGGCAAGCAACCCCAACUUGACUACUGGAAUCAACGAACCACCGCCGGUUUACGAGGCAAACGUAGCCACUACAACCACGUCGACCACUACCACCGUGUUCCUGGUCAACGGCCAGCCUCCAGUGGUUUAACUCAACUUCGUUUCAAAGAAAUCUUACAUUUAUUCUUAUUUAUACACCAUACACACAUGUACAGUUGUAUUAUUAUGUAAAUAAAUUUUUGUCCUCGAGAACUAUUUCAGUUCGGGCCGAAACUUA